AUGCCAGGAAAGAGGAUCGCUGUGAUUGGUGCAGGGGUCAGCGGCCUGGGGGCCAUCAAGUGCUGCCUGGAGGAGGGGCUGGAACCAACUUGCUUUGAAGAAAGCAGUGACAUUGGUGGCCUGUGGCGGUAUGAGGAGACCAUAGAGGAUUGCCGACCAAGCAUCUACCACUCAGCCACCAUCAACACGUCCAAAGAGAUGAGCUGCUACAGCGACUUUCCAUUCCCUGCUGCCUUCCCCAACUAUAUGCACAACACCAAGCUCAUGGACUACCUGCGCAUGUACACUGCCCACUUCCACCUUCGCCAGCACAUACGAUUCCUGUCCAAGGUUUGCAGUGUGCAGCGCUGCCCAGACUUCUCCAACUCGGGACGGUGGGAUGUGGUGGUGGAAGUGGAGGGCAAGCAGGAGAACCAUGUGUUUGACGGGGUGAUGGUGUGCACCGGCCUCUACACGAACCCUGUGCUGCCCCUGCAGAGCUUCCCAGGAAUCUCGAGGUUCCAAGGCCAGUAUCUCCACAGCCGGGAGUACAAAACCCCCAUGAAAUUCCAGGGCAAGAGGAUCGUGGUGGUCGGUGUUGGGAAUUCGGGUUUAGAUCUGGCCAUCGAGCUCAGCCACGUGGCUGAGCAGGUGUUCCUCAGCACCCGGCGGGGCACAUGGGUGUGGAACCGCGUCUGGGAUUACGGGAUGCCCAUCGACAUUGCUCUCAUCACACGCUUCAAUGAGGCCCUUGGCAACCUCUGUCCUAACUUCAUCAUCAACAAAUGGGCAGAGUGGAGACUGAACAAGCGUUUCAGCCACCUCAACUAUGGCCUGCAGCCCAAACAUAGCUUCCUCAGCCACCAUUCCGCUGUAAGUGAUGAUCUUCCAAACCACAUUAUCUCAGGCCGGAUCCUGAUGAAACCCAACAUCCACGAGUUCACAGAGACCUCAGUCACCUUUGCAGAUGGCACAGAGGAGGCGGUGGAUGUGGUCAUCUUUGCCACGGGCUACACCUUUUCCUUCCCCUUCCUGGAACAGAACCCCUGUGUGCUGGACAGCCAGCACUCCAUGUUCAAGUUUGUCUUCCCACCGCAUCUGGAGAAAUCAACACUGGCCUUCAUUGGCAUCCUACAGCCAGAUGGUGCUACCAUCCCCACCUCAGAGUUGCAGAGCCGCUGGGUGGUCCAAGUCUUCAAGGGUACGUGUUGGCUCAGGCAAUAGGGCCCAGGGGUGAGCCAAGAGCCCUCAGCUGUAAAGCACC